GCCCAUUGCACCCGUCAGAAACGUGCAAGCUAAUAGCACCACGCCACCGAAGACAACCCACGCCCACAACAAAGUCGUUGCUUUCCACCCAUGGCGUCCUCCGCCGGCGAUCCGCUCCUCCCCGGCGAGGACGGCGACGGCCGCCGUAGGUUCCUCCCGUCCAACAUACGCCUCAAGACGUCGGUAUGGUCGGAGCUGGGCGGCGCGGUGGGCGACCUGGGCACCUACAUCCCCAUCGUGCUGGCGCUGUCCCUCGCGUCCCACCUCGACCUCGGCACCACGCUCAUCUUCACCGCGCUCUACAACUUCGCCACCGGCCUCCUCUUCGGCAUCCCCAUGCCCGUACAGCCCAUGAAGUCCAUCGCCGCCGUCGCGCUCUCCUCCGCGCACCUCACCAUCCCGCAGAUCAUGUCCGCCGGCCUCGCCGUCGCCGCCAUCCUCCUCUUCCUCGGUGUCACCGGGCUCAUGACCGCCAUCUACCGUUUCCUCCCCCUUCCCGUCGUGCGCGGCGUCCAGCUCUCGCAGGGCCUCUCCUUCGCCUUCACGGCGGUCAAGUACAUCCGCUACGAGCAGGACUUCUCCCGUUCCUCCUCUGCUUCCACAUCCGUGCAGCGCCCUCUCCUCGGGCUCGACGGCCUUGUCCUUGCGCUCGCCGCGCUACUGUUCAUAAUCCUCACCACCGGCUCCGGCGACGACGACGAUGUCAACAGGGACGGCACGAACCGCCGCCGUCGCUCCUGCAGCCGUGUCCCGGCGGCGCUAAUCGUGUUCGCGCUCGGCUUGGUGCUCUGCUUUGUUCGUGACCCGUCCAUCGUGCAGGGUCUCCGCUUUGGGCCGGCGCCGUUGGGAAUUGUCAAGAUAACGUGGGACGACUUCAAGAUCGGGUUCUGGGAGGCCGCCGUGCCGCAGCUCCCGCUGUCUGUGCUGAACUCGGUGAUCGCCGUGUGCAAGCUGUCGUCGGAUCUGUUCCCGGAGCGCGCCGAGCUCUCGCCGGCGAGGGUGUCGGUGAGCAUCGGGCUCAUGAAUUUCGUGGGAUGCUGGUUCGGCGCCAUGCCGUGCUGCCACGGCGCAGGCGGGCUGGCAGGGCAGUACCGGUUCGGUGGCCGGAGCGGCGCGUCCGUGGUGUUCCUGGCCAUCGGCAAGCUGGUGCUCGGUCUGGUGUUCGGCAACUCGUUCGUGACGAUCCUGGGCCAGUUCCCUAUAGGGAUACUGGGCGUUAUGCUGCUCUUCUCCGGGAUCGAGCUCGCCAUGGCGUCGCGCGACAUGGGGAGCAAGGAGGAGUCGUUCGUCAUGCUGGUCUGCGCUGGCGUGUCGCUCACAGGCUCGAGUGCGGCGCUGGGCUUCAUCUCCGGAAUUGUGCUGUACCUGCUGCUGCGCUCGAGGGAGGUGGACAUCGGAGGAGUGGUCGGUCGCUGGGGCGCGGGACGGCGGCAAUCCGCGGACAAGACCUUUGAAGAUGGGAAUGGAGAUGCUUGAUCAAAACCUUGCGAACAUUUUUCGAUUUGAUGCGCAAUGAAAUUGUUCCGGUUAAUACAGUAUCAAUAUGCACAACCUGCCCUGAGUUGAGUAUCAAUAUGAACAAGUUUGCUGCUCAUGGGCUGCAAACUUGCGAUGGGGCUGCCAAGUGCCAAAGAGAUUGAGGCUCCCAUCCUUUCGCUUUUUUUUUAAAAAAAAAGCGAAAACACGUUUUUACAAAUAAAAAAUAAUUUAUAGAUAAAACUUUUAUAUACGUGUCUAUAAUGACUCAAAAGCAAGAUGUGUAAAACAAAUCUCGAAGAAAAAACAUAAAAUCAAGUUCCAAACUAAGUUCUAAAAUAUAAAUUUUGGCUUAUAAACAGUUGCAACUGUAAAACGAUAGAAGCGUGAAACACCAGGAAAACAACA